AUGCUCCCCGGCUGCACUAUUUCUGCUGCUGGGCCUCUAAACAUCGCUUUCUUGGUAGUCAGCGACACAUGCACUAAGCUUGACCAUCUGGAUGCCUCAGGUCAGGUAGCACGUUGCUUAAUUCGCACCUCAGGGCACCGCCUUAUCUCUGAGGCCAUCGUACCCGAUUCUCCAAAUCAUAUCAAGCGCCGAAUUCUGGACUGGUGCACUAAACCCUUGCCGCUCGCCUCCCUGACUCACCCUCUAAUAUCUUCUCCCUCAAUACCACUUAUUGAAGGAGCUCUGGCUUCAAGUCCUUGUUCAGAAGGGACUUUUCAGCCCACAGAGCGAUGUUUUGUCGACGUAGUGAUCACAAGCGGUGGGACUGGGUUGUCAUCUCGCGACCAGACCCCUGGAGCCGUUCUCUCUCUACUUUCCUGGAGCUCUCCCUGGGAUCAGGCCGCUCGACUGAAUUAUUCUAGGGAAGAAGACAAUGGUGUCGAGAUUACACGCUCGCAUCGCUUGCCUGGUAUCGAGACAGCUCUGACAAUAGUCUCGUUACAGCACACUCCUUUGGCUGCUUUGGCUAGGUUCACUGCCAUUGCUUUCUACGACUCUGGAAGCCAGUGCUACAGGCCAAUCAUCUGUUUGCCUGGAAGCCCGAAAGCCGUGCACCAGUGCCUUAACUUCCUUAUCCCCAUCUUGCCACACAUGGUCAAUCAGCUACGUGAUCGUCCCGACUCCUUGCAUCCUUCACAUGGUGAAUUUUCUGGACAGGUCCUUAUUGAGUCCCCUAAGAAGCUGCCACCUCAACGGCCCCCACCACUUCCACCACAGCCACUUAGGCAAGUACCCCUCUUUUCCGCUGCGGAACAGGCGACUGUCUCAAACCCAUCUGCAACUCCUCGACCACCUUGUUAUCCAACUUGUAGUUAUCCAACAGUGUCGGAGUUUUCUCCUAUCAAAUCAAUCACUCAGCGCCCUCGAACCUCUCCUUUUCCAAUGCUUUCUGUCCAAUCAGCUAUUGACCUCGUACUCUCAGAAGCUUUUGAUUUGGCUUUCCAUCGUCUUCACACCAGAGACCAGUCUCAACGCAUUGAAUGGAAAAAUUUUGAGGCAGCACUCGGCCGCCGACUUGCCGUCAGUCUGACUGGGCUUGAAUGUCUUCCACCCUAUGAUGCAAGUAUGAAGGAUGGCUACGCCUGUAUAUUGGUUGAAGGUGCUGGUCCCCGUCAAGUAAUUGGAGUAUUGCGUGCUGGUGAUGAGGCUGGCUUUGGAGAGCCUGAUCUAACACUUGGAACUUGCUAUCGCGUCUCCACUGGUGGUCGAAUUCCUAAGGGGGCUGACUGCGUAGUCCAGGUGGAGGACACUGAACUCAUAGAGACCAAACUAGUUUCGAGGAUGAAAAAAAGAGAGACAAUGCGGCUUAUACUAGAUGAUGUAAGUAAAGAGAAUAGUGAUAUCGGAACAAGACAUAACAAAAGUUCAGAGCCCGAUAAUGAUAAAGUGCCAGAUGGUGUAGAAGAUGAGGAAGAGGAAGCUGUGAUUAUGGUGAAAAAGGCUCCUAGCUGUGUAGGACAUAACAUACGACCCCGUGGAAGUGAUUUACCUCUGGGGAUGGUGUUUCCUCGUGGGAUGCGCCUUGGGCCAACUGAACUAGGUUUGUUGGCCUCUGCCGGAUUGUUUUCGGAUGGCCAGCAUCCAGACAUUUCUGUUAAAGCCGAUCAUCCCGAUCUCUCAAGUUGUCGACUGCCCUGUUUUCCUGCCAUCCGAGUCGGCAUUCUCUCUUCUGGAGACGAGCUUAUUGACCCUUGCGAUUUUUAUCCACAUACAUCAUCAUCUCUGAACGUUUUUAUUAGAGACUCGAAUCGACCCUGUCUUCUUAGCCUGCUAAGGGCCUCUACUGCAGGUGACAGAGAUUGCCCAGUGGAACUAAUUGAUUUGGGUCUAGUUGGAGACAAAAUUGAUCAAUUGGCGGAGAAACUUCACUUUUCUGUGGCCGAAGCGGCCUGUGAUGUAGUUGUUACGACCGGAGGCAUGAGUAUGGGUGAGAAUGACCUCUUGCUUCGUGUACUCACAAGCCGACUAAAUGCUCGAAUCCACUUUGCUCGGCUUUUAAUGAAACCUGGUAAACCAACUGCAUUUGCUACGGUCACUUGGUAA